CAAAACUUCGAUCUCCAUUCUACAAGCUCUAGAGUUCUAGAUAUCGAGUUCAGAUGAAUCGAAGGAAGACGAUGGUGCGAAGGUCCAUAACCGACGACGCACAACCGUCUAACGUCCAAGGCUCUUCAGGCGGCGGCUUCGCUCGACGCCGCGACUCCGACUACCGAUAUGUCAAAAGCAAGGCAAAAAGAGUGAGAUUUGCAGAUGUUAACAGAGCUCCUUUAUCAAACAACAUAUCAGAUGAUUCUUCAACAGGAUUUGAAGCAACCAGGGAUCCCCAAUCUUCUGGUAUCCCCAAAACUUCAGAGUAUGCUUUCUUUAAGAAAGUGAUGGAGGGUGCCAUUCAGCGUAAUCAACAUUCUCUGAAUAAAGAAAGUGAACAGAAAUUGAAGGAUGGCAGGCAUUGUUAUCCAAAUAUUCUACAUAAAGAGAAGGAAAAACUGAAGAAGUGUAAAACUAAUGAUUACACUAGCAAGGCCUUGAGAAAAUCCAACAUGCUGAAUUGCCAUAUUGGAGACAUCAACUUGUCAGUUCAAUCAGAAAAAGUAAGCCUUAAUAACCAGUGCCCAUUUGUCUCGCCUGAAAAUGGAAGAUGCAAGAGCCCAGGCAUGUCCAGUAGGCCCAGAAUUUCACAUCCUAAGAAUGUCACAACACUAGAUCAAAAUUUGCAGUUAUCACCACAAGUUGCUCUAAAAUUUUCAGAUAGCCACUGCUUGGCGAGUGAAGUUUUUUCUGCAAAGAGACAGAAAUUACGUCUGUGGGCAGAAACGGCUUUAUCUGGCACUGAGAACUUCAGUUCCAAGGGGUAUGAUAUGGUGACUUUGCUCCUUAGCCGUCUUUCCCCAGGUCUCAAUGAGAACAAAGGUUCAAAGCACAAAGACAAUACCGGCUGCUCACCUGUUCUAACAGAGUCAGAUCCAUCAGAGAUGAGGCACCAUCAAAGUUACAGGAUAGACUUAACUGAACCAGAAUAUGAAACAUGCCAAAGUAGUGAACUUCCCAGUUGGUCUAUUGGGACAAUAGAGAUAUUCCCUGUGGAUUGCCCUGCCUUUGCUUCUGACAAUUGUUUCACCAAAUACAAUGCAAAUACUGUUUCACACAAUGAAAUGGUGGAUAAUAGUCAUGGUUCAAAAAGUGAAACAACUAAAAGAUUGUUGAAACACAUUGAUUCACCUGUGCACUUAUUGUUUGGGAGAUCUGGAUUUACUGAUCGGUAUCAUCUUAUGGAACCAGAUAGCUUUUAUUCUCUGGAUGAAUCUCCAAAAAGGGAACCUCAAACCUUGUUACUGGAUUGGGAUUUUGACAACGAGAAAGAUGAACCUGAAAUAACAUUAGAUGUUGAGUGCUGUGAGGACAAAAUCAAUUCACCAAUCGCAACACUGCGGGAUUCUGAUUUCCACAAGAGCAUAGACACUGGGCACAAUACAAUGACAUUGUGUUCAAGAAGGGAACCUCAAGCCCUGUUGCUGGAUUGGGAUUUUGAUAAGGAGAGAGAUGAACCUGAAAUAGCAAUAAAUGCUGAUUACUGUGAGGACAAAAUGGAUUUGCAAAUUGUAACACUGAGGGAUGCUGAUCUCCAAAAGAGCAUGGAGACUGGGCACAAUACAAUGGCAUUGUGUUCAAGAAGGGAACAUCACGCCUUGUUGCUGGAUUGGGAUUUUGAUGAGAGGGACAAACCUGAAAUAGCAAUAAAUGCUGACUGCUGUGAGGACAAAAUGGAUUUGCAAAUUGUAACAUUGAGGGAUGCUGAUCUCCACAAGAGCAUAGACACCGGGCACAAUACAAUGGCAUUGUGUUCAUCAUCCUUGUUUUCUGACCAUUCUCCACAUUUAUGCGUGUUGCCAGAUUUCCAUUCAACCAGUUUGCAAGAGGAACUAUAUACCAGGGAUUUUGGAAGGAAUCUUCAGUAUAAUGAAUAUGCAAUCACAGACCCAGACUGCUUAUCCGCAGAAUAUCUUGAUCCUGAAGAAUAUGGUUAUAGUGGCAAUGCCAUUUCCUAUUUUCUAGAUUAUCCUUGGGAUGGUCCAGUCCAGGUUUUCAGUGAGAAGUGUCAUCUAAAUUCUAAUGCUUUCCUUUUGCCUAUGGCACCGAACAAUUCAGAAUGGAACAGCUUACUAGCAACUGGUUUCUCCCGGCGAAAUCAUUCUAGUCAACAUUCUUAUAGAAGUGCAUAUACUAAGUUGGAGGAAGCAUGGAACUUAGGCAGUUCAAAUUCAACAGUAGUUGAUUUUCGAGGAGAAGCAUUUGACUUUUAUGAGCAGCCAAUUUGUAACUUUCAAACAUCUUUUAACAGAAUGCUUGGAUGUCCUUUGUUGCUUAAGGACUCAAUCUGUGCUAGAUCAGAAGAAGGAACAUAUCUUGGCUCUUCUAAUGAAUGAGAGCGUAGCUGAAGAUUCAGGAUCUUCUCUUCGAAGCUCCAAAAAAUAUGUAAGCCAUGAAAAUUAUGGUACGAAGGAGUCAAACUUGGGGAGGUGUGCAAUCAAAAGAUGCUCACCAGCGCACAGGAAUAUCGUGCACAAAUGAGGUACAAUUUGAUAUGUGAACCGUGUAGCUAAAAGUCAGCAAGAAAUUUCAUUUUCAAAUUCUCUUUGAUUUGUUUCGUUCUAGGUCGGAUUUUAAUUACUCCGUAUAUAAGAUAGGU